CGGUUUCAGUUUGGGUUUUGUUUAAUUGCCAACAAAGUGCUAACCGGUUCGCAGAAGCCGAGCACAAUGACAACCGACCAGCGGCAGGCAAAUGUCAAGGUGUUCCAAGGCAGAAUACUGGCAUUGCCAGCCGGUUAACACUCGAUGAGUGUGUAUCGGAUCGGAUUGGCUCGAAUCUGAUCGGAUUCUGAGCAGGUAUCAUAAGUGGAUUAAUAUUGGCGGAGAACAGGCGAUUAUUGCAGCAAUUAUGCGACCAAACUGCGAAUGAAAAGAUCAAUCAAGUGAUCGAUGAAUAGCAAAAGGCAAUCGAUCGACGGAUAACUAAGCGAUAACUUGUCAAUGAAUCAGUGACAUCACCUAUCAUCAUAGCCCAAUCAUCUCAGCCAAUCAGCAGCAAUGAUAGAGACCAGUAAUCAGCAGCCUGGCGGCGGAGAUUUCAGUGGCCGUCACUCGGCAUCGCCGGCCCGCACCAUUGACUCGCAUGAUUCCACCACCGGCAGCAUGGACACCAUUGUUGAUCGCAGCCUGAAUCGUGAGGAACUGCAUCAGGUGGUGACCACCAUCGAGCAGAGCACGAAUACCACGAACAUGGCGGGAUCAGGAAGUCUGACCAACUCACAAAUUGGCAUGCUCCAAAGGGAUGAGGAUCGGAAACAGCAGGAGGACCAGGAGCAGGCACGUCAGGAUGCCCAGAGUCACAUCUAUUCGAGUCCCGUCUACGACGAAAAGCCGCCAGCGGUGAAACUCCUAUCCGCCGCCUUAGACUUGGAUGCGGAAAAAGCCAAGGCCAACAAGGACGAGGAUAAUAAGCCCAAGUUGAUUUCGCACCAAGAGUUCAAGCAACAGCUGGAGGAAGCGAUGGCGUCGCGGAACCCAAACCAGGUGAAUGGCACCAAGAGUGGGGCCAACACCUUGGACUCCAGGAUCAGCCGUAAACAGCGCUGUCCGCCAGAAUUUAUUAAGUACAAGGAAGGCAGCGAGGGCGGAGGCAGUGCCUCCUCAUCGCUGUCUUCGAAGGAUCGGCGCAAGCGGAAGGCGAGCAAUGAAUGCUGCUCGGCAUUUCCACUGCAAAUAGUGUUGGGCACUCUCCAGUUGCUCCUGGCCAUAUCGCUGGUGGCCCUGGGAUCCCUUUUGAUCGUCCGUGAGGCAGCGCUCUCCCUGGCGGGUUGCGGCAUCUGGACGGGAUUGAUAGCCGCCGUCACGGGCUCCCUCGGAGUAGUGAGCAUGCGCAAGACCCAGACAGCCUUUUUGGCCCUCAGUUUGGUCUGCAUCGCCAGCAGCACCUUGGCUCUGGCCAUUUCCGGAGUGGGACUGUCCAGGGAUCUUAACAGACUGGCGGAGCAAAAGGGCGAACAGUUCGACCUGAUCAAUGCCAACAGCGAGGUUUCCGCAGCCUGCGGCCUAAUAUUUGCCCUGUUUCUGCAUUUCGUGGUCAGUAUUGUAUCCGUCUAUCGAUGCGCCCUCCAGAUUUGCACCAAAACGGAACACAGUGAGCUGCGCGACGUGAUUAUCAAGUCGAAUGCUUCGGGAAUCGCUCUGGACCAACAAAAGGUGGACCAGUACAUCAAGGCGAUGUCUCUGAAUGGCAGUGAAAAGGUGGGCAGGAUUCUGUUGAAUGCAGUGGGUCCUUUCUUAAUGCGACUUCAUUUCCUGCAGGUGAACACCGAGAAGCUAGCGGCCAUGUGGAUGUAUGCCACUCAAAUGGGAAGCCUUCCGCCCACAGUCCGCAAACUGACGCCUCCAUCGCGGCAGAUCAUGCUCAUUCCCUCCACCGCCGGCACUGGGAUGGCACCACCACCACCAACACGCUUGCCACCUCCGCCGCCGGGCGCGGGACUUCUGCUUCCUGUGCCUCCACUGCCGCCGCACUACCGUGGGAUGACCCUUCCCUACAUGCGACCCGGGCCCGGAUCCGUGCUCUACGCCCACCCGGCCAGCCAAAGCGGGACGUACCGGACGCACAAGAGCACCAAGUCGGCGGAGAUCAAUGGACAGCGAAGGCGGCGGCGGGCGGGAAAGUCUGAUGCCAAUCGCCGGCAGCGUCGCAAAUCGGAGGCGGAUGUCCUGGACGGCGCUCCUAAUUUCCAGUACACGGGUCUUGAUCGAGCCAUAGCCGAUAGCUUCUUGGCCAGGCAGGAACAGUCACAGGCGGGCAGUCACGUCGACUAUUCGUCGUCCGCCUCCUCGGACUUGUACGGCGGUCAGAGGGCAUCCUCCAAAACGAAGAUCGUCUGCCGGGAUGUGGUGAUGUGACGGGAAGAGCUUCCGCUUUACAGGACCUAGUUUCCCAGCCUUUUGUAUAUAUUCUUUCCACGGAGCGACGACGAAGUCCCAUCACAGUGAGGCGUUGUCAGAUAAAUUACCCGUUUUUAGUCCUACCCAUAACUCAACUCUAUCAACGUACUUACAUAUGCGCAUAGCCUUUAAGACACAUAAAUAUGAAUCGAAUAAAGAUAUAUUAAAC